GAGAUGUAUUUCUUCUCCCCUAGGCAUCCAACAAGCACAAGUGCCAAAAGGGUAAACCGAACUGCUGGCUGUGGAGUUUGGUAUGGGAGUGCAGGUGACACAACGAUUAUGAUUGGAACUGAAGUUAUUGGCUACAAAACACAACUGACUUUUAAGACUCGUGGGAAGGAGAAGAAGAAGACUAAUGGUGAUUGGAUUAUGCACGAAUUUCACUUGCACUCUUCUUCAGAUGAUACAGUGUUCGAUGACAUGGUAUUGUGCAGAAUCUACAUGAAGAAAGGGAAGAAGAGUUCUCAAACGAACGAAGAAGUAGAUAAUAUUCCUGUUCCUGCAGGUGAGCAAGAGGCAGUAGCUAAAGGUCACAGAGUGAUGAAGAGGAAAAGUGCUGAUCACCGUGAGAUGGGAACCUAUGGAUUAGUGUACACCAAGUCAUCUGAACAAAAUACAUCGUCAGUAUCUAAGUUUCCUCCAUUGCUGUCCUGUCAAGAAUCAAACGUGCAGUCAGAUAUGAGUUGGAUUGAUGUUGCUGUUUUUUAUGGAAAAUUAAAUGUAGAGGAGGAAGAAGAGGGACGAAGGAUGGUGAAGAGAAGGCGGGUCAAGGAAAAUGGUUCUAUGGUAGCUGAUUAUAAUGAAAAAGGGACCUCUGGGCUUGCAAAUACGGAAUCACCGUCUUUAUCAUUGUUGGAGGACAAGCAUGCUUUAGUAUCUUAUGGAGAUAUGGAAGAUUUCUCUUCGUUGACAACGGAUGGGCCUUCUUGUGCUGUUAAUUUUGGUGAUAAUGAGAUGUCAGAAGCAGAAAGAACUUUGGAGCAAUGGCUAUCAGAGGAACCAGAACUACAUCAAUGCUUAAUUACUGUUAAUAAUGAAAGAGAGAACUGUGACGAGGUGAACAAUGUUGAGUCAACCAUGAGUCCGUCAUCAUCCAUUGGUGGUCUUCAAGCCGACCUACAUUUGAUCAAUGAAUUGUGUAUGGCUCCACCAACGGACGACUACCCUCUGACAGAGUUUAUGGAAAGCCAUAUGUAUUUUGAUGUCUCUGACUUCCGACCUCUGCUAUCACCUACUGAUGACGGUGAAUCAUCUGCAUUGCUAGGGUCUCAGAAAGAAGCAGAUAUUCCGCAAACUGGACCUGAACAACAAGAAGGCUUGAUUACUAAUAUUCCACAAACUGUUGAUUCCACUGAUGAUGGUAACUCAUCAUCUCCUUUGUUAGAGUCUAAUGAAGAACCUCAAGGCUUGGGCUUAUUGACUUCAGAUAUGACUUCUAACAUUGCUUCUGUACAAGCAGAGGAACGACUACAAGGCUUGAUGAUUGAUAUUCCACGACCUGUCAAUUUGACUGAAUGUUUGGAUAUUCAACGCGACAGCGUGGCUUGUAGAGGUGAACUGCCUUAUCCUCCAAUGCUCAGCGAUCAUGAAUUGACGAUCCUUGUAACUGAGGCUUUUCCAUACAUGGAAGAGUGUCUAGAAGUUGAUGAUUUAUUUCUUUGAUGUUCUUCUAUGUAACUAUUUUAAAUUUUAAUAAAAUUAUUCCAUUUAUUUA